AUGGACCGGAUCUAUCAACUGAAACCGAUGAGGGGCAGGAAGGCGACAUCAUUGGUCAAAAUGACCAAUAUCAUCGGUGAGACCACGGAGGCUAUGAAGGCGUUCGGAUUAGCAGACCCUCACAACUGCUAUCUGGUGAGGGCGCUCGUCCGACUUCUCGAUGCCGACACCCGAGAGCAUUGGGAGCAUUCUCUCGCGUCCCAAAAGGAGUAUCCGACCAUGGAGCAGCUCACCAGCUUUCUCCUAGAGCGGGCCGGCACGCUGGAGCAGCUCGAACGCCUCGCAGAAGGACGCAGUGCUAAGACUUCCUCAACCCCAUCGCCUCGGACCUCUCAGACCGCUCCUCAAUGGCCUAGCGCACCCAAGGCCACCGUGCACACCGCUGCAGGAACUCAGCCCACGCCAGCACCCGCAUCUGGACGCUCAGAGACAAGCAGACCACGCACUUCAGCACUUUACCCGUGUGCCUGCUGCACUCAUGACCAUUUCCUGGCAGUGUGUCCCGCUUUCAGGCAGCUGACACCAAAUGACAGGGCCGAUGUCAUUAGGGACAAACAACUCUGUGUCAACUGCCUGGGACACCAUAACCUCAGGAGCUGCCGCACCAGUCAGCGCUGCAAGCUUUGCAACGAACAGCACCAUACGGUGCUGCACGGCAGUGAUCUGAGCCGGGUCAUGGUUCCCAGACUACGAACAGCGCAGACCUCGACCAGUACGACGCUAUCUAAGAACACGCCAGCACCGUCAACCUCAGAGUCUUUAGUAAAUCAGCUUAGACUCAGGCGACAACGCUCCUCAUUGGAUGUCCACGGAGUUGGUGGAGCAAGGACCUCGCAGACGAAUGGAGUGGUCAAUAUUACCCUCCAUUCCAACUACAGACCGCUCUCAGUCACCGUUCACGCACACGUGCUCACGAAGGUGACCACCUGCUUACCAUCAGAUCCACCAGCUCUUCCAACGCUGCCAUCGCAUCUGGAGAAAUUGAACCUCGCAGAUCCUCAAUUUCUCAGAUCUAGACCAGUGGACAUCAUUCUCGGAGGAGACGCAUACGGGCAAGUCAUCAAGUCAAAUAUUAUUCGGCACGCGUCAUCACCGUUAAUCGCUCAACUUUCGAUCUUCGGUUGGCUCAUAAUCGGGCCCCUCGAGGGUUCUCAGACAAUUCGUAGGACUUCUCAUCAAGUGACAGUCAAUAAUACUGAUCGCCAAUUGAGUGAGUUACUCAGCCGCUUCUCGACGCAGAAAGAGCCACCGCAGGACACGGCACCCUUGCUCACGCCAGACGAGCAAGAGUGCGAAGAUCAUUUCAAGACCACGCAUUCAAGAAACUCCGCUGGAAGAUACAUUGUGCGAUUGCCGCUCAAAAUUCAUCCUCGAGCACUUGGCAAUUCUUAUCAGACCGCGCACAGUUGCCUUCAACGGACUCUCAGACGAUUCAGCAAGGACGCUCAGUACAAACAGCUGUACACCAAGUUUAUGCUCGAAUAUGAGCAGCUUGGCCACAUGGUAGGACUGAACAAUGACUCAAUAACUAGUCCGUUUCAGUACUUUCUUCCGCACCAUGGAGUUCUGAAGUUGGGCAGCGGGACCACCGCAUUGCGUGUGGUUUUCAAUGGCUCCAGUCCAACUUCUUCAGGAUACUCGCUGAACGAUCUUCUACACACUGGUCCAAAUCUGAUGCUGAACAUUGCAGAUCUGCUCAUUUGGAUACGCAGAUACAAACAUCUGUUUGCAACCGACGUCACGAAGAUGUACCGGCAAAUCAAGGUACAUCCAGACGACUGGAGCUUGCAGCAGAUACUUUGGCUUGAUGACGCACAACAGGAAACGCAGUACCAGUUGACCACGGUCACGUACGGGACGAAAGCUGCACCGUACUUGGCUGUCCAAACACUCCUACAACUCGCUGAGGAUGAAGGGUCGAAAUAUCCCCUUGCUGUGGAACCCAUCAAAAACGGCAGAGCUAAAAUUCUCAUUCAAGAGCUUUGGUUACAGGAACUCGGUUGGGACGAUAUUCUGUCUUGUCACAUUACUCAGCAGUGGCUUCGUAUCAGGGAAGAUUUAACCAGUCUGGCCAGACUUUCCAUCCCACGAUGGUUCAACACAACGACCACGUCUACAGUUGAACUCCACGGAUUCUCUGAUGCAUCAGUCCUCGCAAUGGCAGCAGUCGUCUACCUCGUUGUCCACGCACCGUCCACGGGUACCCACACUUUUCUGAUCUGCGCGAAAACGCGAGUGACACCACUCAAACGUCUGACCAUCCCGAGGUUGGAACUCACAGCAGCGCUGCUACUCUCAAAACUGAUGCGGCAUGUUCAUGUUACUUUGAACUUGACCGUUUCUCAGACAUUUUUGUGGACGGAUUCAGAAGUCACGCUUGCAUGGAUCAAGACGCACCCCUCCAAAUGGAAGGAUUACGUACGCAACAGGGUAAUCCAGAUCCAGGAGAUUACGCAGAACUAUCACUGGAGGCACGUACCAGGAUCAUCGAAUCCAGCUGACUGCGCGUCAAGAGGCAUGUCGACAGAACAGCUUCAACAGCACUCGCUUUGGUGUACAGGAUCACCGUGGCACACACAACUUCAGAACACGUGGCCCAAGCAGACCAGUGUCGACGUAAACGAGUUGGGCGCCCCUGAAGCUCGUGCUGUCGUCUCACUCCACACGGCAAACGCAAGUAAAGGAAUAUUCAUGGGAAUUAAUCUUUAA